AUGUCUUAUCUUAAAGUUUCUGGAACAAAGAUCGUCGACGGGGAUAGCAAAGAGGUCAUCCUCAGGGGUGCAGGUCUCGGAGGGUGGAUGAACAUGGAGAACUUCAUCUCCGGAUACCCUGGCUGUGAAUUCCAGAUUCAUGCUGCUCUCGCUGAGAUCGUAGGGCCUAUUAAAUCAGAAUUUUUCUUCGACAAGUUCCUGGAGUACUUCUUCCAGGAGGAAGACGCCAAGUUCUUCAAGAGCCUCGGACUCAACUGCAUUCGGCUACCUUUCAACUACAGGCACUUCGAAGAUGACAUGAACCCCCGCGUCCUGAAAGAAGAGGGCUUCAAGCACCUUGACCGCGUGAUUGACCUCUGUGCCCAACAAGGUAUUUACACCAUCCUCGAUCUGCACGCUGCCGCAGGCGGUCAGAACACCGACUGGCAUUGUGAUGCUGGCUCGCACGUUGCGAAUUUCUGGAUACACAAAGACUUCCAGGAUCGCACAAUCUGGUUGUGGAAAGAACUUGCUAAGCAUUAUGUCAACAACAAGUGGAUUGCUGGCUAUAACCCACUCAACGAACCCACCGACCCCACCCAUUCCGCUGUAAUCAAGUUCUACGAUCAAGUCCACGACGCCAUCCGCUCGAUUGACACAGAGCAUGUCAUUUUCUUCGAUGGAAACACGUUCGCAAGUGACUUUUCACAUUUCGGUGACAUGCACAAGAAGUGGUACAAUACCGCGUACUCCAUCCAUGACUACAGUGGAUACGGCUUCCCUGCUAGUCCAGAGGACUAUGUCAGCUCCGACGAACAACGACGGAGAAUGAAGAAAAGCUACGAGAGGAAGAGGGAAUGGAUGGACCAGCACGAUCUUUGUGUUUGGAACGGCGAAUGGGGCCCAGUCUAUGCCAGGAAGGAAUAUGAUGGACUUGCUACAGACGUCAUCAAUGAAAGACGGUACAAGGUCCUCAAAGACCAGUUGACCAUCUACAAUCAGGAUCGUCUGAGUUGGUCAAUCUGGUUGUACAAGGAUAUUGGAUUCCAGGGCAUGGUCUACGUUUCACAAGGAACGCCGUAUAUGACCCUACUGAAGGACUUUUUGGCGAAGAAACAUCGCCUUGCUGUGGAUGCUUGGGGCGCUGAUACCGCUCAAGUACAGCACAUAUACCAACCGCUUAUCGAUCAUAUCACAAAAGAGAUACCGCAGGAGAACCAGGACCUCUAUCCAUUCCCGGUCUGGAAACUCUCCGAUCGAGUUGGUCGCUUGUCCCGCAAUUUACUGGUAACCGAGUAUCUUGUGAAGGAAUGGGCAGAACACUUCCGUGGAAAGAGCGAGGCCGAACUCGAUGAACUUGCGAAGAGCUUCAAGUUUGAGAACUGCCUGCGCCGUGAUGGAUUGAACAAGAUUUUGAUGGACAAUGCAUAA